AUGCAUUUAUUCGAUCCGACCCUCGAAUCUCAGGAUUUCACUAUAAAUAGUGCACCAUAUGGAAAUUGUCCAGAUUGUAGAAGGCAACGAACUUCCGCUGCAUGGUGUAAAAAUUGCAAUAUUGCAAAUUUGAAAGGAAAAUUUAAUAGUUGGACCAGCGGAAACUCUAUGAUAGAUGAAUUCAUUCAGUACACUCAAUUAAAUGCAAACGAUAAUACGUACCUUGAGUGGAUUGAUUUUAAUCAAUUCAAUUUAGUUAAGAAUACUAAUAAACGAGGUGUUUUUAGCUCAAUUUAUUCCGCAAUAUGGAUGGAAGGCCCAAUCUGGAUUCUGGACGAAGAAGCUGAAGUAUGGACUCGUUAUGGUCCAGUCAAAGUCAUCCUAAAACGAUUAGAUAAUUCUCAGAACAUAAAUCAAGAUUUCGUAAAUCAAUUAUAUAGAUAUUAUAAAUGCCUGCAAAGUAGAUCACUUGCAGAUUAUUUUGGCAUGACUAAAGAUCCGACAUCGUGUUACAUGUUCGUCAUGAGAUAUUAUGAAAAUGGGAAUUUAUAUUCGUAUCUUGAUGAAUCCACGAGAAUCCUUUACUGGAGAGAUAUUGUAGAUCUAUUAUGGGCCAUAUCAGCUGGUCUUAAUUUUAUUCAUGAACGCGAUCUUACUCAUGGAAAUUUACACGGGGGGAACAUACUGGUUGAGGAUAGCGAAAUGGAUUCAAUAGAUGCUAAAAUUGCGGACACAGGAUUACACGGUCCUGUUGAUGAACAAAUAUCUUCUAUACAAAUUUACGGCGUAAUACCUUUUGUUGCUCCUGAAGUCUUUAAUGGAUAUACAUUAACUAAAGAGUCUGACAUAUACAGUUUCGGCAUGAUCAUGUGGAUGCUAUCAGCUGGUAUACGCCCUUAUUGUGAUAGACCUCAUGAUUCACAACUUAUACAAGAGAUUUGUUCAGGAACCAGACCGAAUAUAGUCAGUGGAACUCCACCUGUUUUCACUAGAUUAAUGUUACAAUGUUUAGAUACUGAUCCAUCCAAUAGACCGACAGCAUCUCAACUUUGCGAAUGUUUAGGAAAUUGGGUCACAACAAUAUGCGACGAUCCUUAUCCAUCGGAUUUAUCCAAUCAAUUUAACGUUGCCGAAGAAAUUAAAUUCUCAAGCUUAGAACAAUUGCAUUUUAACACUUUACCAUGUCAUGAAAGAGCUAUCUAUUAUAGUCGACUGUUAAAUAUUUCGGAACUUUAA